GACUUUGGGAAUCCUAAACCAAGUCUUGGUGAAGUAUCGGCCAUUAUUAUGGCUGUAGCAAAUAAUAAAAAUAAAUAGUAAAUGACGCUGUUUUCGCCAAACCAUGUCUUCUAACCGGUGCUAUGUAGAUACGAUAACUGUGGAUGAAAUUCUUACUAAGCAGAAUCUGUGAUAUGUGCAAUUUCCAGGGUAGGGAAAGGCUUUUGAAUUCCUAAGAGGUAAGGUUCAGUCUGUGCGUAUGUCGGUAGUGAGGUAGUGGCUGCAAUCUUCUAAUUCUAUGCUAUUCCUCGCAGACAGAAUCGCUGUCCGAACAAAUCCCAAAUCUUCAAUACAUUUGUUCUUCUAUACCCAAUUUGAGUAACAUCUCAAACGCAUUUUAUAUUGCGAUUUUUAUCUUAAAUCUUGAUUUGUUUUUGGAUCUUUCUAAGUGUCUCCCAUAUUUGCUUAUUGCAAAUAGCGAACUUCGUCACUGCAGUGACGUCGCCAUUUUGACUCUAUUUACUGCUGCGGCCUACAGAUGCUGACCUCGAACUCGGCUUGCCGGGCGGCGGGCGGGGUCUCUGUCAUUGCUAAAAGUUAAAAUAGUAAGAAAUGCAGAUUAGCCACUUGUAACAAUUGACACGUUCCUUAGAUAACACUACUUUACUUCGGCUUACCCUUUACUGCUAUUAUUCAGGAACCACUUGUUUCUCUAAAUCAAAAUGCCUUAAUUUUAAUUGCCCUUAAUUAAUAUGCCUUAAUUUUAAUCCGUCUUCACCCAAUUGACAAUUGAGCAUCCGCUGUAUUAAUUUUUAUAGUAUUAAAUUAAAAUUAUAAUAUAGUAUUAAAUAUUUAAAUAGUAUGUAACUAUAUGAGUAUUUUUGAAUAUUACUUGAAGUGGUUAGUAGACUUAAGUUCCUAAUAUAUUAUAAUAAUAUAACUUAAAUAAAAGCAAUGGAUAGUUAUAACUAUUUAAUAGUAUAUUUAAUAUUAUUUAAUUUAUUAUUAAUACAAGACAAGGCAAGGAGCUGUUAGUCUGUUACUGUUAGUGUGAAAACCCAUUUUUUAGGACAAAUAAUUUACAUUUUUUGAGUCACAAAUCAAAGACUCAAUGACUAGUAUAAGUAGUAAAGUAUUAACCCUUUCAGGGCACAGCCUUUUUGUGGCAGUGCCAAGAACUCGGAGCACUUUUUACAAGCUUGUCACUCAUUGACAUUGCAAAUAAUUUAAAAAGAAGCUUUUUCCUUUACAUGUGUAAAGCUAAAACUGUAUUUAGGAAAUAGGAGCUAAUACAAUCUUUUUGAAUCAAACGGAAAUCUAAACAUUUAUGCAAAUGAACCAUCCUGAUUUACACAAUUUAUAUUUUUAAUUUUUUGUUACACUUACAAAUUUGUCAAAUCAUUUGUAUGAGUUUUUGGUAAAUGCCAAGAGAUAGCACCCCAUUUUUUUUACCAUGGCUGCCAUGUUGGUUGCCGCGACCCAUGAAUUUAGAUGGUUUCACAGGUCGCGCCAACCAAGAUGGCAGCUGUGGAAAAAUAAAAUGACUAAUGUUCGCUAAAAUUAAGAGAAAAAAAACGUUAAAAAAAUAAUGAAUAAAUUUCCUAAAUGUAUCCUUAAACCUAACCUGAUCCCUAAAUUUAUCCUUGACCUGGGUUUUGACCGAAUCGGAACCAGGGUUUUGACACCACCAACCCCCCCCCCCCCCCCCUUUUUUUUUUUUUUUUUUUGCUACUGGACUCUGCCCAGCAGUCCCAAGAGAGUGAUGAGAAAGAGUCUCAGCCUGUAGGCUUACUGCCUAAUAUGACUUCAAGAUAGAAAACUUAUGAUUUUAUAAUUAAGAUUAUAAUAAGAAUUUUUUGAUUGUGUAACAAAUGCCUUUCACAUACUAGUUGAAUAUUAAUAAAGGAAGUUGCCAUGGUUUUAUUCAGGGCCAGCUCAAAGCAGGUACGAUGCAUGUUCAUCACAAGAUGCGUGAUCAUCACAACCAAACCGCCAAAGGCGGCAAAAUCAAUUUGAUAUUUUCCGCAAUGCGUUUUUGUUCUGUUUUAAAAUUAAUUUUCACAGCAAAUGCAAUCGAUAUAUAUAUAUAUUAUAUAGAUAGAUAUAUAUAUAGAUAGAUACAUAUAUAGAUAUGUAUAUGCGAUAUAGUUCAAUAUAUCAAAUGAAAGUUUAAAAUUUCAAGAUUGUAUAGUUCACAAUUUUGUUUUUUGAAAAAAUAGUUUCACUUAAAAUUCAGUAUUGUGAUUGAAAGUGUCUUAAGAGUUAUUAUUGACUCUUUGGCUACUGCACGCCAGUUCUUACGACUUGCCAGCCAUUCAUUUAGGACUAUACGAGCCAGCCAAAGGCCAGUCAAGCAAAAACAUCACCCGGGUGGAUGAGACUCGUUAACCUUGGUCGGCAACUCAUCUAAGAGAAGGAAACUCUGAAUUCAAACCUGGAGUCCCGUAAGGCGCAUAUAAUGGCAAUUCCUGCAACCAGGUCGUCUUGAUGUAGAGUCUUGCCACUGGAUAUGGUGUUUGUGACAUAUUUUAGGGGGUGGGGGGUCUUCAGCUUUUUGUGAUGGAGGAGAGAGCCAAAAUUUGCAAUACAUCAUUUAUGGAUAUGGCCUCAGUGUAAUUGUAUUACGUCAUAUGGCAACACAGCAAUCAGUGGUUGUUUAUUACAAAAUGAUACUUAAGAAGAAAUUAACAUAUCUCACUUAUAUUAGUCAAGUGAAUCAAAAUAAUUGAUUCAUUUCAGCCUUUCACAUCACUGAAUUUUUGUUUUGGAUUAUCAGAAUUAGAAUUUUGAUUUUUACCUUUUUAAAAAAUAAUUUUUUUUCCAUUUUCUAAUAUUCCUCAUCGAGAUCAGAUUGACACAGGGGUGCCACUUUUCCGGAUUCACAAGUUUUUAUUUUCUCUCACUCUGGAUUCGCCAGCUCAGUUUAUUCAAAUAUGCAUUCUGGGUUUUAAAAAAAAUCUUUUAAGAACGCGCAAAAGCCUAUUCAGAGAAGGCGGGUUUGCUAUAAAUAGAACACAUACUGUGGCCUCUCGCUUUGUUUCAGGGUUUGAAAAAUUUGUAAAUGAAGUUUCAGGUUUCAACAUUAAAAUAGACAACUAUUUUACGAUGUCUCACCUAUCACCAGCAGCUCGCAUUAACUUUAGACCAUGUACAGCAGCUUAAUUAUCAGACUUGAAUAAUAGGAUCUCAAGUUAAGCACCCUCAACUUCGAUUGAAUCUAAUUUGUUAAAAAUCCAACUUCAUUAAUUCAUUUCAGAAUCAUUAAUUUGUAAAUAUGAUACAGAUCAACAUCCUUAUGAUAUCAAGACAUUUGACUUAAGAAAUAUCAUAAAUAUCUGGUGCAAAGCAGGAGCUCUGAAAUAAUCACCCAGAGCAGUCCACAGAAAUUUAAAAAAAAAAAAAAAGAUAUCUUCAAAAUUGAAGUGUCCCUUGUUGCCAUGAUAGACUUAUGUAGUAAAGUACUCUAAAUCAUAAUAAAUUUACAUUUCAGCCAGCUAUUAUCCAAAGAUCUUUCACGUUGCCUUGCAUUUCGGAGAAAGUUCAGCAUUUUAUUUAAGGUUAGUGCUUUACAUUUGUUUAUACCUUUACAGACCUGUUUACUCUAAUGAUUUUGGCCUACAAUGUAAGAUUUUUAGAUGUAUUUUAUGACUACGCCAAGACCCGCCAAAACUACAAUUUUCAUAGACCCGGUUAAAAAAAUAUUCGGUUAUUUUUUUCCAGAUACAUUUUUUUUUUUUGGGUUCUUGAAGUUUCUAAUAUAGAUCUGGCAGUGAAUGGACCGAGAAAAAUGAUUAGUUGUAAUUUUUUUUUAAAGUUUGGACCAUCCUUCAUUAUAUUAUAUAUGCACUGAGAAGGGAGGUGGGGGCUAUUGAUAAAGGAGAUAUGUGGCAUACGAAAUGCAUGGGUAGGGAGACUGGUGGGAGUGUCAAAGGCUAUAAAAAUAUCACUGCCAUAUUUUUGAAUGAGGGGGGGGGGGGGAGGGUUGGGGUAGUCUAGGCAGAGAGUAGGUGGGUUAUACAAUUAUUCUACAAUAUUUAUCCUGAAAGUUAAAAAAUAGCAUUAUUAUAUCUAAAAUGCUGUAAAAUAUCACCCGAUGUUAAGUAGGAAUUGUGCUUAAGGAGAUAUGUGGCAUACGAAAUGCAUGGGUAGGGAGACUGGUGGGAGUGUCAAAGGCUAUAAAAAUAUCACUGCCAUAUUUUUGAAUGAGGGGGGGGGGGGUAGGGUUAGGGUAGUCUAGGCAGAGAGUAGGUGGGUUAUACAAUUAUUCUACAAUAUUUAUCCUGAAAGUUAAAAAAUAGCAUUAUUAUAUCUAGAAUGCUGUAAAAUAUCACCCGAUGUUAAGUAGGAAUUGUGCUGAUGCCAUGUAUUUUAACAAAUGAACUCGCUAGCUGUACUCAGUAGUUGAGAUAUUACAGUAAUAUUUAUUUAGUCCACCGUAUGUGAUGCAUAUUUUGUUGGGCGAUGCCUGUGGUUCUAAAAUUUGUUUCCUGGCGACAAAAUUUAGGUAUUUCGCCAGGCUCCCUGAUUGAAAUCCUAAUGAGUACACUUCGAAAUAGCGAAUGCAUAAACAAAAUAAUAUAGAGCUGGGGAAAAAUAAAUAUGACAUGUAUAUAGGUCACUAAGCGCUCGCUAUCUAGUAACUGCAUACAGUAGUUACUCAAGGGGGUUACUGUUUACACUUUACAUCAUGACCUUUAAUUGUGACAUAGGAUUAAAAUUAAAAGUUGAAAUAAAGUUAAGAAAUUUUGUAAUAUUUCGCAACACCCCUGCGAGGAAGCCCCUUCAACCCAUAUAGAAAAAAUGUGUACCCCCACGCACCCAGGCGGACCAGUAAAAGGACAAUCCAUUGCGCCCUUUCUUUUUGACUAAGUAAAUGGUUUAAUUGACUAAUUAAUCCUUUGUAAUGGCCAUUUUUCUCUUCGCCCUAUUUUCGUGCCCUGCCUGAGGAAAAAGAGCACCGAGGGCGAUGUGGCAUAUAUUCUGAGAACCACUGGGCUCACUGAAUUGCAGUGGUGAAAACCUGUGUCACAUUUUCUUACUGUGACAUCAUAAAUAUAUGAAGAUUAUUGGAUUUUUCGAGAGCUCAUUGCAACAUACACCUUGAUGGGGAAGGGGGGGGGGCGUUGUCAGAAAAAUAUGCUUGCAAUGAGGGGGGGUGCUAGUAAAUUUGAAUUUUUUUGUGCUUACAUAAUAUAGAUUGCAUCUCCUCGUGUUUUUUUUUUUCGGUAGUGCUGUAUGUCGUUAUUUUGUGACAUAAUUAUUUCUUACGACUGACAAUUCACCUAAAUAUUAAUUGCUCUAUAGCACAUACACGUCUACAAAACAAAGUGACUGCAGUUUGCAUGCAAUCGGUCAUCUACUGUUUUGACGCCAGCUUAAAUCGAUUCCACCAGACACGCGAUGCGAGUAGUUAUUGUAUACACUAUAUGUACUUAUGUUUAUUUAUUUACUAUUAAUAUACUGUAUUUUUCGAUUUUGAGACGAUAUUGUACGAAUUUAGAAGUAUGAGGGUAAACACGUCUGCCUUUUAGGUUUAUUUUAAAGAGAUAACAGAAUCAAAAGUUCAGGUUUGUAAAUUUUUAAAGACAUAAAACGUUAAACAUAUUAAAUAAAUUUUAUUUGUGUAUUUGUUUUGAGUUUAGGGCCUUGUCAGAUUAUCCUUUACUUUUAUUUCAGCAAUGAGGUCUCUUUAAAUUACUUUGUUCCCUUGAUUCACUUCAUUUCUUCUAUUACAGGUCCAAAUCAAGUGUUUUCUACUGUUUGCAACAUUAGCAUUUAUAUGUAUCCAUUACAUCUUUUUUAAAAAUGCAGCAGCAAGGUAUGUAGAUAAUAAGUUAAUUAAUUAUAGAAAUUGCAUUUUCCACCAAAUACCUAUCCUAGCUGCUUGCUGUGCUACACUUCAAGUAACGCUUGCUAACAUAAAAAAAUUAGAUUUCUUUAAAAAUUAUUUUCAUUCAAAAUUCUGUUUUAUAUGCAUAUGUUUUGUAAUAUGAGGUAGUCCAAACUGAAAAUAACUAUUCAUGGCAGGCAUUUGUGAUGAGUUUCCACUUAUAGAUAAGGGGAUUUUUUUAAACACCAAAGUUAUUUAAAAAGCUCAAUUAAAAAAAAAAAAUAAUUGCAAAUUGGCUGAAAAUUGAUCCAAAAUUUGAUAUUUUUUAUGAUUUUGAAGAAGGGCAGUUUUCAAAGGAGCUUGAGCUAUCCAUUGACAUGUAUUCAAAAAUAACAAGAAUACUUUUUAGUUGUUUUUGUUGGGGACAAUAUAGAAAGUGUAAAAGUACACGAAUUCAAAAUUUUAUGAAAACAUUUGGUAUUUACUUGCAUAAACAUACCACAUAUUAAAUGAAAGAUAAUAUUCAGAAGCACAACAUGCACUGUGAAUAAAUGGUAUCAAGAAACAUUUAUGGGUACUAAAAUAAGUACAAAAGUACUAAAAAUAAGUUGUUUUUUUUUUUUUUUUUUUUUUUUUUUUUUUAAUUUUUAAAAAAAAUUUUAAAAUUUUUUUUUUUUUUUUUUUUUUUUUUUUUUAAAUUUAAAAAAAAAUUUUGAAAUAUUUUUUAGAAAUGGGAGGUUAAAAAAAUGUUAUUUAAAAAAAUCAUGUUUACUGUAUCAAAAUAAAAUGUCAGAUGUGUUUACUCAUAGUUGCAGGAAUUAUAAAAACCACAAUCAGUGUAGAAUACCUUGAAAAAUAUACAGUAAUUUACUUUCAAUUUAAAUUUAAUUGUGAGGGAAAUGUGUCCAUUCUAACUUCUGGAAAGUGUCUGGUAAAACCAAUUUUUAAUAUCCUUGUUUGUAUUGUUUCCCUGAAGUUUAAGUACAGAAUCAAUAGCAAUCUUUAAAAGUCUGACCACAAAUGUUGCACUAAGUUCAUCUUAAUUUCCCAGCUAUGGUAUAAACUAUUGGACUACCCCGUUAUAUAUGCCUAAUAUUCAAAGUGUUACAUUAGGGCAGUGGUUCUCAACCUUCCUAAUCCCGCAACCCUUUAAUGCAGUUCCUCAUGUUGCGAUGACCCCCCAACCAUAAAAUUAUUUUCAAUACUACUUCAUUAUAUGUGUUUUCUGAUGGUCUUAAGCAAUCCCUGUGUAAGGGUCGUUUGACCUCCAAAGGGGUACCGACUCACAGGUUGAGAACCGCUGCAUUAGGGGGACUUGAAUAAAUCAAAAGUUAUAAGAACUUUCUGCAUUUCUGCUAAGAGGCCAUUAUUCCCUUUCCAACACUGACCCAUCUAAUUCAUUAAAAUGUAAUGCAUAGCUGUAUUUUAGCCUAAUUCUGAGUUCUUCAAACGCCUUAAAAAGUAUAUUGAAAAAUCAGACUCAAAUAGACAAUAAAUUAAGUUUCGAUAACCGGCAACUGAUUUGGGUUAAUUUAAGCGGUAUAAUUAUUGAUAUAGUUGAAGAUUUUACAAUAAAAUAAGCAUCUGUCGAUUAAAUAAGUCGUUGAAUUUUGUUUUCUUAAGUUUAAACUUUGGGGCUCUCUACUUUUGUUAUCAAUCACAUACCUAUUUACCUGUACUCUAAGAUAACUUUUGUUCUAAUAGCACAAAUUCCUUUUCCCCCUAGUGUUAAAAAUAUGUAAAGAAUGUUAAUUUGCUGCAAAUAAUAGUUUGAUUAUAAAUUCACAUGUAUUUUAAAAAAAAACAACAACAAAACUGCCCAACAUUUUUAUUUAACUUGAUGUAGCAAAAAAAUAAACAUCAGGCCUGCUCUCCCCAUUAGCCCCUUGGCCAUAUCUCACUUCUGAUUGGCUUAAAAGCACAUUGCUUUAAAUUUAAAAUUUGUAAAAACAAAUUUAACUUAUUCCAGAUUGGGCUUUUAAAUUAUAUCAAUAUCAAAACAAAAUAUGAGACAUUUCUUAUUGGUGUGUGCUAUUUUGUAAGUUAUUACCAAGUUACUGCUUUGCUCCAUCUGCUAGAUGUCCUAUUUUAUCUGCUUAGUUUAAAUGCAACUAAAAGUAAUAACAUUUUGUCAUAUUUUACGGCACUCAUUGAGAAGCUUUGGCUCCCCAAGCGAUAAAGCUCACUUUUCCUCCAAUAAAAUAGAGUAAUCAAAUUUUUAUUUAAAGUGAAGUUACUGUUAACAGUUUUAAUAGCCAAGAUUCAGAUUCAAAUGUUUUCUCUCCUGAGAUUUUUCUCUCCUGAGAUUCAUUCUUUUUCUUGAAUAUAUUUUUUAUGCAAUGAAAGUUUACUACAAAGUUUUCAGUGAAAGAUAAAUGUUUCAUUACUUAAAAUGAUGGCUAGAAAAUGAAGAUAUUUGUUCUUUUUUAACAAAUUAUUCAUUUCUUGGUGUUUUAUUUACCUCCAGUGUCUGAAGUCAUGAGAUAUUUUAUCAGAUAUAUAAAAUCUCAGCAGUAAAAAGUUUAUCUUCACAGUAAAGCAUCAUUCAGGGCUAAGAAUAAAUAGUCCCAUUUCUUUGGUUUGACAAAAGAUUUAGGUUCAAAGGGGUGUGUGUUGCAUAAUUAGUGCCUUGUAUUUUCUUUUUUUUUCAAUGAACUACUUGACUUUACAAUUUUUAAAUAAUAUUUAUUUACAAAGUUUUCAUUGCAUUAUUUUUUUGUACAAAGAAUAAUUAAAGUGAUGAUUAGAAUAAAAAAUUUAAAUAAAUAAAACAAAUUUUGUUUGAAAUUUAAAUUAAAGCAAUAUAUUAAAAAUAUUAUGUUGCAUUGUGCUGUAAAUUAUAAAAAAUCUCUUCCAGACUUGCUCUUUUUAAUGAGUAGAAGAGGGGAAAACAGAAAAUAAUCAGGGCUGUGGAAUCCACUUAUACUUUCAUCAUAAUAGCUGGGGAUGAUGUAUCAUUUAAAAUAAUUAAAGCAUUAAUUUUGACAUAAAAUUAUGACUAUGGGCUCCACAUUAGAAAGAUAUAGAAGUCUAGUAGUUACAGGGAUGACUUGGGAUUUACUCUUUCCUCUCAAUGUACACCUUUAUUUUGUCAAUUCUGCUAAUGAACUUAUAAGCACCCUAGUUCACACAUACAAACACACACUGCUAGAGUAAUAUUUUAUUUAUUUCUGUGAUGGUGUGCUUCAGAUAAUCAUACACAGUUUUAAUUCACAUAAUAUUUACCCAUGUGCUCUUUGUAUGCAUCAAAUUUAAUUAAGAAAAUGUUUGGAUUGUGAGAAUCUGUCAUGGUUUUUUUGGCUUAGGAUUCCCCUUUUUAAGCAAAGGUUUUCAAACUUGUUGAUGACACAUUGUUGCCUUCCAGUGACCUAGCUUUCCUUUCUUCUAAUCAGGAUUAAAGUUAUGCAAUUUAAACCAUUUAAAAAAAAAAUAUUCUUUUCAGAAGGUAAUUGAUAAUUUUCAUUUCGUCUAUCGGAUGGAAUUGAUGCACUCUAUACAUGCUUUUUUUUCUCAGUAAUGAAACGCAACAUGCCAUCAGAAUUGGGCUGGGGCAGUGGAGGAGAAGGAGGAGGUUGGGGCCAGCAAAGUUCCGCUCCAGGCAGUGGAUCUUGGACAUCCACCGCCAGUGAGUUUAAAAAUUAAAACGGUGGUUAUACAAUUUGAUGUACCAUGAUUUGGAACUGCUUUCUUCACUGUAAUUUUCCUGCAUUGCCUUUUCAACACAGACAAAAUAUAUAAUGGCCUUUAUAUAAAAGACCUUUGGUCACUGGAAAGCCUAGCACAAGGUGUUUGCUUCCAUCUUCUUGUGCUAAUUUACUUUUGUUUAUAUAUUACUCUUCUCAUUUGCGAAAAAAUACUCCUAGCUUCUAUUUUGCAUGUAUCAUUCAGUCACAACUAAAUGACUUGAUUGAACAGUGAUAUAGCUAACUUGUGUGGCACGGUUAUUUCUGUUUGGACUAGGUCUAACACAAUUUCAGAUUCAUGUGACACUAAAAUUGUUAGUGUAAGUAUUGAAAUAAAACAAAAAGAAGAAAAUAGGCUUGUGUGUGCGUGUGUAAUUAGUGUCUUAUUUUUUAAAAUUAAAAAACGGAUUCCAAGAGAAAAUUGGCAAAAAUUAAACCAUUUGUUUAACAUUUUUUAUUUUAAUUACUUUCUAGUCUUGAUUAAUUUAGUUUAGAAUACUUUUGUGCAUUUUUUCUUUCUAUUUUCAGACCAAGAAAACACGGUUUCUGUCUCUACCUGGCAAUCUAUGGGUAAAUCAGAUAGUGCAUCUGAUGCUGGGGAUGAUUCAUCUUCCGUUAAAUCUGGAUCAACCAUUACAAAUAUGAGCAAUAUGACACCUCAGUCACAAGAGAAUACUAGCUCCAAUAAUUCUACUGCACUUCAGUCCAAUUCAUCUAGUCUUUGGAGUGCCAAUAACUCUACACUCUCAGGCAUAGACUCCAGUCCAUGGGGAAACAGUGGUUCCCCAGCCCCUUCAAGUAUAAACUCAAUGGGAUGGACCCAAUCAAAUCUUUCUCUCUCCACAAAUCAAGGUCAUAAUAGCAUGCAACAGGGCUCCAGCAUGAUAAGCAGUAACUCUGCAUUUAAUUCUACUGGUUCAAGUUCAUCAUCUAGCUGGCCUAGCAGCAUGCAAACUAACACUUCUAGUCUACCGCCCAUAUCUUCCCAUUGGCCAGGCAGUUCAAUGCUAGGCAUAGGAGACUUUACCAAGACAGAUUGGAACAACCCCACCACCCCCAUUGAUACUCUAAGUAAAGACAUUGGAAACUCUGAUCCCAGAAUGUGGGGACUUUCAUCUGAUAAAUCAGGGGACAGCCAAUGGGACAUAUCAAAAUCUCAGUGGGGGAAUCCCUCACUUAGUGCUACAGGUGACCAGGGAGCUAGUAGCACAGAGCUAUCAUUCGCUCAAGCAACUCUCAAGGGUCUCAAAGUUCCUCCUGUCAAUAGUGCUCCUCAAACUGUCAUUAAUUCAAAACAAGAAGAAAUUCUCCGUGCCAUUGAAAAUCAUGAAGGAUGGGGAUCUCGUCCCAUUCGCCAGGAUACAAGUUGGGAUGUGGAUAACUCACCAAAAUCACAUCGUAAAUUUUCUACUGAUAGUAAUGCUGGUGCUUCAAAUGUGUGGAACAACAGUAAUGGAACUGCUAUUUGGGAAGCUGUCAGAGAAAACCAAAGUGGUAAUUGGGAAGCAGCUCCUGCUGGUAACACUUGGAAUGCUGAAAAAGAACAAGCUAAAUGGUCAUUUCCUCCUAAACCUCUUCAAGAUCCCAAUACAUGGACUGUUGGAAAUGGUAAUGACCCCAAAACCUUUGGCACAUGGGGUGCAGCUGGUGGUGCUGGUGAUGCCUCUAACAAAAUGUGGGGACAAAAAACUGAAAUUGGCUCUUGGGGUGAAAGUGGUGGUGGUGGUGUCCAGCGCACAACAAGCAUCUCAUCAUGGGGAGAUGACGGUGAUGCUGGUGGAUGGGAUGAUCAACGUAGAGUAACUAGUGGCAUGGGAAGCAUGCAGGCAAUAGUACCUCCUAGUCCAGGAAUGAGUGGCCAAACAGUUGUACCCAAUAUGGUAUCCCAAAACAUCACUGGCCUGAAUGUUCCAGUUAUGGGUGGUGCAGAUGUAACACUUUGGAACGAAAGUCCGAAACCAGGCUGGAAUCCUGGUAAUGUUACAGCUCUUACUCGCACAAAGUUAGAUGAGCAGUGGAACAAACCACCACCUAACAGAACAGGUUGGGGUGAUCCCACCCAAGAUAAUGUCAAAGUUGAUGAUGGAACAAGCAUUUGGGCUGCUAAUGUGCCAAAACAGGUAAAGCAUUUUCUUGUUUGUAAGUUGCAACUGUUUUACUACAGAGUUUUACUUCUCAUAAAUGUCACUGAUAAAGCCCUACAUAUAUGGAACAAGUGGAUAAAAAAGGGUACACUCUGUUUAAAUUUAUUUUUAAAAUUUAUUUUUCUGAAAUAAAUUAUAUUACAUAUUUUUCUCAUGAAUUCAGUCACUGUAUUUUUUUAAGGUUUCAAAUUUUAUGAUGAGUAAGAAUGGCCAAAAAUGUUAAACAUCAGGAUGUACUGCAAAUUAAAGCUGUAACUAAAAUUUUAAGUGUUUGUUGGCCAUCAGAGACCUAACCCAAAAACAUAUUAAAAAGUUUUGAACCAAAAUUUUGAAUGCUUAUGCCCAGUAACAUAAAUCUGGCUAUGUGUAGCAAUAAACUUAAAAUGUGAAGUUUUAUUUACCAUAUUAAAAAUGUAUUCAAGGAUCAGAAGGAAAUAAUUCAGACAAAUCUUCACAUAUGUGGUUGGGCGCAGAUAAACAUAAAAUAACAGUAAUGGAACUGCUAUUUGGGAAGCUGUCAGAGAAAACCAAAGUGGUAAUUGGGAAGCAAUGUGAAGUUUUAUUUACCAUAUUAAAAAUGUAUUCAAGGAUCAGAAGGAAAUAAUUCAGACAAAUCUUCACAUAUGUGGUUGGGCGCAGAUGAACAUAAAAUAAAGAUUAUAAAUGUAAUUAAUUGCAACGCCCAAAGAAUUUUUUUUUUUUUAAAGUCCCAAAUUGAAAAUAUGGAUUUGCUGUCCAACACAUCCGUAAAAAAAAAAAAAAAAAACCUUUUUUCACAUAUUAUGAUAGCGCCUAAUAUAUUACUCAUGGGGACAAGUUGGUCUGUUAAUUAUUUUGGACAAAAAUGUCUUAGAUUAUCCCUUUUUAAAUGUAAUUAUUUCGUCUUUAAUUUCCAUUAGCAUCCUGCAUUUUAGUCCUUACUUUUGUUUGAACUGCUGGACAUUCUUAUUAAAAUUGAUUCCAGUUACCACCACAAGUAAAACAAUCUGGCUGGGGGGAGACAGCACCUCAAGCUCAGUGGAAUGCUACUGUAGGAGCUAAGCCGAAAGCUCCAGCUGGACUCGAUGAAGCCUCUUGGGCAAUGGCUCAAAGAGCAAAGGUAAGCUAGACUUAUGGUUUUCUGAGGCUCAAAAGCAUUGUAUGGUUGUCUGACUGGCAAAAACCAAUGUAUCACCUUUUUUAAAGGUGGCAGUCAUAAAAUUAAAUUUCGGUCUAAAUACCAUGUGAUGCUUAAGGGUCUUUGUGCCAGUAUCUUAUUAACAGCCUGUGCGUGGUUUCCACUGGCACUUUGCUUUUCUGCAUUGUUGUUGGUGUGUUUGCUUCACAAUCACAGUGCUCAUUCAGAUGCAUUCAAGGUCAUAUUGGCUCACAUAAUGCUCAAAAGUUGAUUCAUUUGAUAGAAUAAAGAAAAAUAAUCCUCCAUUUUUUAUUGACAAAUUCCAAUCACUUGUUUUGAAUAAUGUAGGGAAUUCUUUUAGCUUUUUUUUUGGUACUUUACAACACACAAUUUUAUUUCAUAGAUGAAAAAACAAAUCUUUUCAAUCUUAAAGUAUUUAUAAGUUUACAGAUUUAAACAUUACCAGGAACACUUUGAUUUGUGAAUUGUCUUGUGAUUCUUGUGAGUGUAACAUAAGGAAAAGUAAAUGUGAUGUGAAUGUUUGAAUGGAACUACUAUUGCAGUCAGGAAGAUACCCAGAUGAUGUUUCUGCCAAUUCUGUUGAAGUUGGAUAUUGGAAUGGUUUACCCCAGGAUAAUAGUACUUGGAACGACCCAGCUGCCUUGAGGGGUGUAAGGAAAAUUACAGGACAGGUCUGUGGAAACAGUAAAAGUCAUUUUGUACUGCUGCAAAUCCAGUAGAGGAGUUAGAGGGAUGGGGGCAGAAAUUAAAGCAAAAUGAAUUAUUUUAAAAUGGAGAAUUUUCUUACCAUUAUUUUCAAUAGAAAAUUAUUUUAAACUCUUGAAAUUGUUUAGAUUAAUUAUUGUUUGAGAUUUUAAGAAGGUAAUACUAUUAUGUGAAAUUAUUUCACACAAAGUUCAAAUGUUUCUCAUCUUGGAGUUAAAGUGGCACAGUAUAAAGAUAAGAUGCAAUAACUUGUUUAUCUCAGAAACAUUCGGGAAUUAUUAUUGUUCUAUUAUGAAAAAUGAUCACAUUAAUACUUUUAAUCUGUCUAUGAUAUGUUAAAAUCAUUUAAACAGCUAGUUUUUAUAAAAAAAAUUUUGUGAAGUCAAGUUUGCUGCUUUUUUCUAAGUGGCUUAGGUUUUUACUCGGGGUUUUCCUUCUCGCCAACAAAAAUGCCUUACUAGGGCUUAGUCCAUUUCACCCUACAAAUAAGCUGCAGCUGGGGGGCAACCAAGAUGCAUUUAAACAAGCUAUUUCCUGUUUAAGAACCACAGGUGCUUCAUUUGCGUUGAUCCUGGUGCGUUUGCCUUUAUUGAGCUUUCAUGUUUUUAAAAAAAAAUUUUUUUAGAGAUGACGUUUUUUUCCUUACUGAAAUGUAUUGUUUUAAUCUCUAAAAGAACAAGCUAUGUAUCUUAAUUCCGAAGUGAUUUUUAUAUCGGCCAAAUUGAAAGAUGCAUGGUAAUUACAUUAUUAGAAAUGUCUAAUUCCUCAUCCAUAAGGUGUUUAAAAGCCUAGAAAACUGCUGUUUAUAACUUUGUGUUGUGAGAUAUUUAAGAGUUAAACUAACACAUUUAUACAAGACUUUAUCUUUUCUCCUAUCAAUCAUAUGUCCACUAUUAUUUUAAGUGCAUCCAAAAUUUUUUGCUUUGAUAAUCAAUAUAUAGAAUUUUAAAAUCGGUGAUUCACAUUUUAUUUUUAAUGAAAGACCCAUAAUAAGCGACAAUAACAUUGUCAAAAGCUGAAUUAGCUUGUGAAUCCCAAAUAUCAACAAGUAGCUCUAAUUAAAGAUAGUAUGAAGUUAAGAUGCAUAAUCAGAUUUACCACAUCUGUACUUCAUUAACUUUAAACCACUGCAGAUCUGAAAAGUUAUUAGUGUUGAUCUUAAUAUUCUUGAACAAGGUAUUGACACCCAUCUCAUUAAUUUUUUUAAUUUAUAAAAAUCUUUUACACAAAAUUGAAGCUUUAUUAAUCGACAAUAAUACAUAAUUAAUUUGAAGGAAGACAUUUUAUUAUUAUAAUCUUGAAACAAUUCACAUACCUCAGCACAUUUUACUUUUUAAAAAAAUUGUUUUAAACGAUUUUACUUAUUUGUAUUUUUAAAAGAUGUAAACUAUUGAAAUAAAACAAUUUCUUUAAAAAAAAAACUAAAAAACUUGAAAUCAAAUUUAUAGGUGUGUGAAAAUCUCAUAUUCAUUACUUUAGAUAAAAGAAUUGAUAAUAUUAUAUUUUAAACACUUGACAGUUUCAUUCCAAUAAAGUAUUUAUAUAUUCAACUUGGGUCAGAAUAAAUGAAAAUAGCUGGUGUCUUUUAUAUGGUGCUUUCAUUCUUGCAAUAUGCAAAGAUUUAAUCAAAAAAAUACUUAGACAUUAACUGUUGCUUAUUUUUUAGCAGCAGAUGCCACCUAAAUAUAUGGGGAGUAGCAACAAUCCACCUACUCAGAUGAGGGCCAAACUUCUUCAGGAACUUAUGGACAUGGGUUUUCGGGUAACUUUCUAUUUGUUAAAAUUUCAAUCCUCAAGUAGUAAAUCCAAAUGUUAGCACGAUUUGAUAAAAUGUGUGCAUCAGUGAAUAAUCUAAUCAUCUGCUUUACUUAAAUCUGGAAAAACUUGGAUGACAUUUUUAAAAUAUGUUAUAUGAAUGUUAUGAAUUUUAAAAAAAAUCAAACGUUGAAAACUGUAUGGCAGUUUUUCUUUCAAUAUUAAUUUUUGUAGUUUGAAAAAAUAUUUUUGAAGUUUCCACUACCCUGAAAUGAUUAUUUUGUUUUUACAGAAGGAGGAAGCUCAGAAUGCUCUCAUAACCAACAACAUGAACCUGAAGAUGGCUCUUAGUAAGCUUUAUAUUUAUAUAUAUAGAAAGGCAGAGAGAUUUCCUUGGUGUUUUUUUUUCCCCCUUUAUUUUUAACAAAAUGAAAGGCAUUUUUAAAGAAAAAUAUUUUUUUUAAAUUUAAUGUAUUUAAUUCUUUAAAUAAACAACCUGAAAGUUAAAAUGAUCCAAAAUAAUUUUUUCUCUUAACCCUUUAAGGGUCAGGUUUCCCAAAAUUUUCUAUAUUCUGGAGGUAUUGUUUGACUCAUAUGUCAAACAUAUAUGUCUCAUAUGUACUAUUAAUUGAUAAUCCCAGUCUCGCACCCCCUUCAUUUUGUAAAACCCUGCUUUACGGGAUAUUCUUUUUACUCAGGGUGGAUUUUAAACAUGGGUGAUAUUAAGAUUGGUGCCAAUUAUGGACAUUAAAGUGUGGGGUUGUACAGAAUGUCAAAGAAUCUCUUUGUUUCUUGAGCUUCUUUACCCCAACAAUAGAAUAAAAAAUAGAUAAGUGGUCACUUUUUACAAAUUUCAGGUGAUUUAAAGUCCAGUAAUGGAGGAAUGUCCAGGAGGGAUAUGGACAUCGAUAUGUUUCAAAGCAAUGGUUCACAGUCCAGAUUGUCAUAUAUGUCUGGCAUGGGAGCUGAUGACCUUACUGACAUCCGCCCUGACCAAGUGCCUACCUUCAGUAGUUUACAGAAUACUCAAUUUCCUAAUUCUCAAGUACCUAAUCAACCUUUCAUGCCAAACAAUAGUGGUAUGCCACCUUCUGGUUUAAAUGCCAGCAGUUCAAGUAAUAAUUCAAGCCUUCAGCAGAAGCUGAUGCAGAAAAUGCAGCAGCAGCAAGCCCCACCUACACCCACUCUUGGUCCCAGAGGACAAAUGCCUCCAGUUGGGAGCACAUCUAAUAACCAAGUUCCUCAACAGCAACAGCAGCAGCAACAGAUUCUAGCCCAGCUUCGCCAGGCAGUAAAUAAUGGAUUUAUUUCGCCUCAGUUACUUAACUAUCAAUUGCCACAUAAUAUAUUAGUUCUCUUACAACAACUAUUGCAACUCCAGUCAGCUCUCCAAACUAUGGUGACCAAACAGCAACAAAUGUUGCAACAGGCUAGAGCUGCAGGGAAUCGGAGCAAUCCCCAACUUGAACAAAUGCCAGGUAUUAUCACCAAUAUUAAUCAACAGAUCAUAAAUUUACAGAAACAACUUCAACAAGCUCAGAACAAUCUAUUUAGCUCUCAAAAGCCACCAAACAUAUCUCAACCUCCCUCUGGAUUGAUGUCAUCUCAUUCUGGUCAACAACCUAUUUCCAAUAUAGCAGAAAACUUGGAUGCUCUUAGCUCAGACUUGGCAAAUGUUGCCCUCCAGUCUCAAUCACGUCUUACAACUCAGUGGAAGGCAUCUUCGGACACAUCUGCAGAUGGAACAACUACACCAACAACUGGUAAUGAUGAAAAUGGAGAGAACAAAGCUGCAGGAGCAAAAGGCAUGCUUCAGGCUUCCUCUCCUAAUAUGAAUCUGAUUCCUGGGGGCCUAGGGAUGACUGGUGAUAAAACGUGGUCAUCAAAUAUGUCUGCCACUUCUUCCUCUAAUUGGCCUUUGUCUUCCAAUGACAGCGCAGGCACAAAUUCUCAAUCAGACUUAAAAAUGCCUGGCUCUGUCAGCACAUCUACCUCUUCCAUCUUAUCAGGUAUGCCAUCAGGUCUAACAGAUGUCAUCCCAGAGUUCAUUCCUGGAAAGCCAUGGCAAGGUUUAACAAAAAAUGUUGAAGAUGAUCCUCAUGUAACCCCGGGAAGUAUUCAAUUGCAGCGCUCUCUCAGUGUAAAUCGUGUCCAUGAUGAUUCAUUAAAUAAUCUUGAUGGUCACAAGCUUAAUUCUGGCAACUCAUGGGGUGUUUCAAGCUACAAAAGUGACAACAGCCUGGGUUUAAGUCAGUUGGGUAGUCGUCCUCCUCCUCCGCCUGUAAUGUUACCUGGCAAGUCUGGUGGUCAGCAACAGUGGCAGUCUGGUUUCAACAGACAAGCAUCUUGGCCACAUUCAUCUAAUUCAGCUUUUACAAAGGGUGGGUACAUUCAGUUUUGACUUUAAAAGAAAAACACAAAAAAACGCUAUUUAAUUUAUUUAUGUCUUAGCUUAACUUAAUAUUUUUCUCUUAAGGAGUAGACUAGUUAUUUUUCUUAAGUAUCUUUUUAUAAAGUUAUGAAAGUUGUAAAGCAAAUUUGUAUAUGCCUGUUUUCGUUAAUGCCCAAUGGGGUAAAUGAAUUUACAUACUAUUGUAUAGACUUUCUAAAGCCGGCUUAAAAAAAUUUCGGGACAAAAUUUGGAGUAUAUUUUUAUUUGUGGGUCAAUAGAUUUUUAUCUGUGAACAUUAAUUUCAUCUUAUGUUUUAUCAUAAGGUCUUAGUCUACGGUAAACUCUACAAGAUUCAAAUAAUUUACCAGAGGCAUAAAAACUAAGAUACUGGAAGUAGACAGCACUACUACUGUAAUUUUUAGCUGCAGCAUAAUCUCAUCAUAGAUAUUUUUCGGUACCCUUUUGCUUACACUGGUAUAUUAUUUAUGGUAGGCUUAUGGACAGGUUAUACACUUUUCAAGCUUUUCUCAUACCAAUUAGUGUUGUAGGCUUGUAGAACAAGCAAUUUUAAAACAAGUAUAUGUGGUUAAAUGUGCUGAAAUCUGGUGGGAUCUUAUUUUUAGAUGACCAUGUUUCUCUAAAUUAAUAUUGCUCUUAUCAUAAAUAAUCCACUAAAGCAAAGACCCCUAAAAGUGAAAACAAAAACUCAUCAAAUUUUAAUUGCUUUAAACAAACUACUUAUUAAAAUAUAUAUCUGCAUUUAUAUCUAUAUUUCAGUGGGUGGAUCCAAUUGGAAUGACAGAACUGCCAUUAGUUCUUGGAUUUUGUUUAAGAACUUGAACCAGUCUGUUGUAAGUUAUUUUUUUCAUUGCUUUGUAUAUAUUUAUUACCAGUGGAAGUCACUUUGCAAGAUCAGAUUUAAUUAGUACCAGAAGCAAUUUAUUUGGGACAAGUUUAAAAAAAAUAGAAAAUGAUACUUUAAAUAACUAUGCAUAACUGAGGAUGGGGCUGAUUAAUCUGAAAGGAAACGAGCAACCUAAUGAUUGAAGCAAUAUUAACAUAUAAAUAUUAGGAUGGUUUUAAAUAGUAAACAUUAACCUUAUGGAUAUUUUACAUAAUUUUUUCCUUCUAAUGCAACACCUGAAACAUUUUAUGAGUGGAAUAAUUGUGAACAUGCUUUUGAAAUGCAACAGUUAAUCAAAUAAUUUCUCAAAAUUUUUCCUCAGAUGGAAUCAACGUUUCGGAGCUUCUGUGCUCGGCCUGGUUCAUAUAACAAUUUUUUUUAUCAUGUCCCCAUGGCUCUCGUCCAGUAUAGUAGCGGGGAAUUAGCCAUGAAAGCUCAGCAACAGCUUAAUAAUCAACCUCUGGGCUCAGCUAUCAUUAAUGCUGAAUUCAUUGGUGAGAAUGAUGCUCAGCGCUUAGCUUCCCAGUUUCCACCACCUCAACCUAGUGUUUUGCCACCGAUGAACACCAGCCCAUGGUCACAGGCACCUCCUUCAGCACUCUAUCAAAAUUCAGGAAGAGGUGAUCCUUGGGGAAAUUCAAUGCAAUCAGGUCAACCCAUGAAACAGUUUGGUUCAGAAGCUUGGAAUUUGUGGGAUAUGAAUGACCACAACUCCAACCCACUGCUUAAUAAUAUACUUGGUGGAGAAUCUAUGUAAUUAAUAGUUAUUUUUUGCUUUGCCAUGAAGCAUUCUGUUUUCUUGCUGUAUUGUUAAAUUUCUAUGUAAAUGAUUUGGAAAAAAAAAACCCACAGCUAAUCAAUCAACGUAUUUGUACAUAUAUUUUGUACUUCGUUUCAUGAAAUGUUCUAAAGUAUUUUUAAAAUGCUUAUUGUCAUGUUGUAAGUGAAUAUGUAACAAUUUUGCCACACAUUCAUGUGAUCUCUUAGAAUUAAUUAUUAUAUGUAUGCGGGUUAGGUUCAAGCACAUGGGUUCCAUGAGCUAUCCAAUUGCUUACUAAGUGUUCCAAAGGUCCCACUAUCCGGGUACCUCCUCAUUAAUGCAAAUCUUGACAUGCUCACUAUGAGGAGUUGACUAUUUUUCCUAUCCUUACAUAAUCUUACUAGCAAUUGUGGAAUACCAAAUUUGUGAAGAUGUGUACUUAGUGUCAAGGUUCCCAGUCUUUCAGAAUUCCUGUGGUCUUAUGUGGUGAUGGGAUGACCACCCCUCAACAGUACUUGUUUGAAUAUUACAGCCUUUUUAAAAACAAAAAUGUCAAUGUUUUAAAAUCAGAUUUUCACAAUAAAAAAUAAAAUUCAUUAAAAAAAAAUGCUUUCUAUUGGAUAAUCUUAUGACAUGUUGAAAUAUUAUUGUAUGGUGUUUGACUUUCUAUCAGAUAGUUUACUCAAAAUGUGUAAGUGAUGUUUAUUUAAUAUAACAUUUAUACCUGCCAUUUUAUGUCAAAAUAGAUCCUAUGUCUUAUUGCACAGAAAUGUGCAAUGUUUAUCAUGUAAUGAGCUACAUUUUUAAAAAUGUUUUUAUGGUUGGUUUUAAAUUAUUUUCUUUUAAAUGUUAUUAAUAAGAAACAGUAUAUUUAAAAAAUGUAAAAAAAAAAAAUUAAAAACAAAAAAAAAAUUAAAAAAAAGAAAAUUAAAUUAAACAAUACAAAAAAAUAAAUAAAUAAAAAUUCUCAAAUGGCAGGAUCCCUGCAACCUGUGAUACAUUGUCUCAGUGUGCCUGCUAUGUUAAUGUCUGCAUGUCAUUAGACCAAUAUUGAUGCACUUAGUGCAUGUGAUUCUGCUUCCAUAGUUCUUGACAAAUGAUGGCUACAGUUCCACUUACCUGAUAUGCAACAUCUUACUGUUGUAACAAUGUUAAGAAGUUGUUAUAAUUGGAUCGUACUGCUGUAAUCAUAAAAAUGUAAAACAGAAAUGGUGUAUUUGAUGAGGCCUUUAUGCUCAUUUUUCUAAUAACUUUCAUCUUGAAAUAGUUUUAAAAACUAUUUGAAAAAGUAAACGGGAAAACAUCUAGACUAAGGAAGAAUGAAAAACUCCUGAAAACGAAAUUUAUACAUAAACCAUUUUAAGAGUGAUAUUUUUCUUGUGCAUAUCAUUGGUUUGAUGUAUUAUUUAUGAUUUGUAUUUGUAGUUUUGUCUCAUCAAUUUGCCAUAUUAAAUUUGUUUUAUAAUUCUAAUUAAGGAAAAUUAAUCAAAGAUUUUUUUAAUAAGGCAACAAAAUGGUCUUUUUUUUUCCCCUCCGUCUUUUUUUUUUUUUCCUCCUUGUAUACAGUUAAUGUUUGAUCACCAUAAUUUGUAAAAUGACUAAAUGAAUGUGUGUAAAUCUUUAUUGUUAUUAAGCCUUUCCACAGAUAAUUAACUUUAUGUAUGACUAACUACAACUCUGAAUUAGUAUUGCAUAUUCCAAAGACAGGUUGGCACUCAAUUUUAAACAUUCUUUCUGUUUAUGUGCCAUCGUCUUGAUUGUUAUGUGCUCGACAGAGCUCGGUGAUCGAUCCAUGCAGUGUUCCAAUGAGUAUUAUUGUCUUAAUAUGGUCAUUUAAAUACAAUUACUGCACAUAUCCUCUACUUGCCUUCAUUUGUUGAUAUUCAAAACAGUUCACCUUAGAUUAUUUAACAAUUAACUCCCUAUUUAAACAAAAAUUUGUAAUGUAUUUGACUUUUAUGUCUUGUCUUGAGCCAAGAACAGGGAACAUACAUAUAGAAAAACCUAUUGCUUUUUCUGAAUCUUUAAAGAAAAUUUAUUUGCAACAAAUAUUCAAAUAAAUUUCGUUUGUAGACAGGGGAAGGGUGCUGACCUAUUAGAAAGCAUUACAUAUUCUACCUCUGAAAUUAAUAAAUGUAAUAGCAACAUAUCAGUUAUAGAAAUCCAAGUCUUGUAUAUGGUCUAAGAAACAAUGGAAACUGCUCUUAGGAUUCUCUUCCCUGAAUUAGAUGCAAUUUCUUUUUAUAUUUCACCAAUUAACUUAGAUCUGUAGCUUUUGUUUGAACAAAGAUUGUGAUUUGUUUGAACAAAGCUUGUGAUUCCCCCCCCCCCAAUUUGUUUAUAUCUUAAAGGUGGAUUUAAAAUAUUGACAUGUAUUUUUUAAAGUACCAAGGGUAAUAUAAUGGACAUAGAAAGCGAUAUCAAAGUCAUUAUAAGGCAAUAAAUUUAAGUAUUCAAUAAAAUGCUACAAGUUAAAUAAGUGAUGGCUCCAUAAUAAACAUAUUUAUUUUAGCAAAUUAAUAUGAACAAAGAAGAAAAAAAAGCAUUUCCCUCCCAAGUGACAGAUUUUGUUGGUUUGCUUAAAUUUAAUGGCAGGAAUGUAAAUGUAAUCUAUUAAAUUGUAACAAUAUAUCAUGUGAAUGCUCAAUAAAUUAAUACAAUGUCAUACUUUGUGCAAUGUCCUCUCAACUUAAUUGAAUUAGUGUUAUUUAACUAGCUCCUCCCAGAAUUAGCAUUGAAUUUCUUGUGUUGACUUAAACAUUUUUUUGUUCUAUGCACGGUGCUGUUGUGCUCAUCUAUGAAUGUAAAUUCAGUAAUUUAACAAAUUGGAACAAUAUAAUUUACAGUUUUUAGAACUGGCAGAUACAUUAAGCACUUUUAAAUGGAUUUUUUUUUUUUAAUAUAAAAAGGAUGACAUAGGACUUGAUGGAUGUUUAAACUGCAAAUUUUGAAAUCUAUAUAUCUUUACUAAAAAUGGUUUACAAUCAUAUUUAUAUAUAGUAUAUGUUAAUCAAAUAAACACUAACCACUGAGUGGAGAAGAUGUCAGCCCCGUUUCAUCUCUUUGAAUUUCCAUGUUAUUUAAUUUUAAGCUAGCUUUUUAUAUGUAACAGAAUUAUUUACAAAGCUUCAACUAACCAAGAUAGUACUACUGAGCUGCAAUUGUCAUGUCAAAAAGGCCAGUUUUAUGUAUUAAGAAGGUACGACAUACAAUACAUCCAAACCUGUGGAUAUUUUUUUUACAUUUAUUUGUAUAUUUCAAAACAGUUAACAAAAUUUUGCAAUGUUUUGCUAUACUUAUAUAGCAAGAAUUGUUUAAUCUGUGGUUUUGAUAAAUCCCUGUCAAGAAUUGAUUAACCCUUUUGAAACGCUGAAUGUUUUAAGUAGAGAAGAAAAGUUUUAUAGGCGAUUUUAGAUGGAAUUCUACUGUAUAACAAUUCAGACAAAAAAAAUCAAUCGCAUCAGAAAGGUAAAAUAUAUUGGGAACAACUUUUGUAUUACUAAUAAAGCUUCCCUUAGAAAGCAAACGUAGAGUUAACAGCAAUAGCCUACAUUGAUCUAAUGUGCAAUCUGCUGUGCCUUCUGUAAUAGAUCAGGUAUAUUAUAUUUAUAAACAAAAUUAUUACCCAUUAAUCAUGCCAUAAGAGUAAGAUUGCCUUUGCUAGUCAUUCAAAUAUGUCAAUGGUGCAGUAGUCAAAAAUAAUUUGUUAGUUCAGUGCAUCUGUCUUAUUUUUGUUGUAUAAGUAACUUAUUAUUUGUAAGAACAGUGCACAUCAUCAAUUGACUAUAAAAAAUACUAUGUGUAAAUUAAGGAUCUUUUUAUAUAAAAUGCUGAUCUUAAAAUCGAUUUUCAGAUAUAUAAAUAGUAAAAAUUUUAAACUGAAUUGUUGUAUUAAAGAAUCAAAUGGGGAAUCCUUUACCUCAUGUAUGCAAGUUCUUUUUCCUCAUCAUUCGCAACAAAAAGUGAAGAUCAAACCACCAAAUUUUCUCUCUACUUGGAACUGUGAUGGUGUUACUUAUUGCUAUUCUUCUAAACUUGCAUUCCACAUGUUUAUUCCCCCAUCCCCACCCAAUUCACUAGUGUAAUCAUAUCUUUAAUUUCUUUUUUAAAGGUCAGUAUUGCUCAGUCUUGAUUCUGCUACCCCCUUAACUAAAUAUUCUUUACCAUAGCAUUUUGAUGACCAUGACAUUUCAUUUUCCAAGUUGUCACAGAUCUUGUCACACCAUUCCCUCCUGCAGUAUUAUUCACUGUACUAGAUACAUUUUCUCAUCACUUUUGAAAACUUUGUUUGCAUUUGUGGCUUUAAAUAAACAUGAGCUGCUGUUCCCUUUAUGUAUUGGUGGACAGCCAAUUCCAUUAAUCUAUGCUAUGAUUAUGUAAAUUUAGCUGCUGUAUUAUUUAUAAAUGUAUUGCAGGGACAGUCAGUCCCAAUUAAAUGUACAACUUAUAUACUCUAACAUGCUGUUAUAAGCUAUUAUGUAUUUGGAUGGCUUGAAUUUCAACUGCAUGCUGUGGUCAUCUGUCAUUACAAUAGUGAUUAUCAAAAAAAAAAAUUAAUAAUUUGGCAGCCAAAUCGAUAUUUGUUCUAAAAAAUUUGUUCCAUAUUUUUACAAUGUAUUUGUAAAUGUUCAUGUAACUUUUUCAAUUGGCUUUUCGAGGAUUGCUUUGUAAAUAAUAAUGUUAAU